GUCCAUUCCUAUGACAACGAAUCACACCGUCGACAAACGGGGGCUUUCGAACACAUAAGCAAAGGCUUCAACCUCAGUUUCAUCUCAAUAAUUUUGUAAGUUUUCCGAGAAACAAUUUGAAUCAACAUGCAAAGAGUCCAUAGUAGAAGAUCUGAAGGAAGCGAGGCAGAGGUUGAUGGAUUAGCUGAACAAGAGCUUGCUAAACUUCAGCGUCAAUAUCGAAUAAUCGAAGGAGACAGAAGGGCUUAUAGUGAAGAGACACAGAAUCAAAUACGAAAACAGACGGAAGCCAUUCAGUCCCUUGAAAAAGAAAAUGAAGAGCUGAUGAAAGAUAAUACUUUAGCAGGAAGUUUGCAGAACCAGAGCCAGGAUAGAACAAAUACAGACAAACUAAACAGCCUUUUAAGCAAAGAAGAUGAUAUCAAGUUGCAGCUUGAUGAGGUGAAUGAUGACAUAAAGAGACUUGAUGAUCAGAUACGAGUGAUGGAAAAGAAGACUAAACAGCAAAGAAAAAAUAUGGGAGGUGUACAUAGCAGCCACCUACAGAAUAAGAGGACCCAAAAGUAUAUCAGAGUUCUUGAAAACAGAUUAGACAAGGCCAAAAUAGACUUUAACAGUUGCUUGUCAGAGAACGGUAAGCUCCGUGAAACAUUUGAUCACAUGCGAGUGGAAAAGAAGACUUUUGACACCAUUCGUCUGAAGCUAGAGAAGGAGUUAGCGGAGAAUAAGCAGAAAAUUAUGGAUGGUAUUGAAACAUCCACAGCAGCCUAUGAGGCUCGAGAUGAAGCGCAAGGGAAGAUGAUGGCGCUGAAAGAGAAAGCUGAUAAAGAUCUGGCACAAUACAACACGGAACUAAAGGAGCUUAUGCGUAUCAUUGAGCAUGAUCGCAAGCUGAAAGAUUUCAUGAGGAUUAAAAGCGAAGAGAGAGCUGAAAUGAUGGAAGGCGAAUUGUCAUCUCAGAGGAAGAAAAAAGAUGAAAAGGAAAAAGGCGACAAAGCUGAGGAAACUAUUGAGUCAUACGAGUCAGCUUUCCACACCAUCAAAGAAGCCACUGGUAUUGAGGACAUUGAUCAGUUGGUCAAUAAAUUCAUAGAAGUCGAAGACAAAAAUUUUGCCCUCUUCAACUACGUCAACGAACUCAAUAAUGAAAUCGAGCAGCUGCAAGAACAAAUAAACGAGAAUCAAGCAGAAAUUGAGAAGUUCAAAAGUGAGGAAGUGGAGAUGGCUAGCCAAAGGAAAGCCCUUUUGAAGGGUUUAGAGGAUAACUUGUCAUCAUCCACGGAACAAGCUGAUCAAUAUGACACGCAGUUUAAGCAGAGCAAGAAAAUAAUUGAACAACUAAAAUCAGGGGUGGACUCUUUAUUUAACAAGAUCAACUGUGACCGAAGCGCCAUAACAGACAUGCUUGGAGGAACAUCUGGAGUUACUGAUGCCAAUAUGAUGCAGUUCCUUGGGUUAAUCGAACAAAGAACAAAUGAGCUUCUUCAAGUCCAUGGCUUUGUCUCUUCAAAGGAAACUGAUGGUGAUAGUGAGCCCGCCGUGGCAGUAGGUCUUUUAGGUCAGGGGCCUCAGCCAGGAAUGACUUCAGUGGCGAUUGUUCCGCCUACAACUGGUGAUGAUUACGACUCAGAUGCUUCGUCAGGUUCCGAGGAUGACCAACGACCUCUAACCCAACAAGAACUGAAAUACAAAAUUUUGAAAGGGAUAACCAAGCGCGAGGCUCAUCCUAAAAAGUCGCAGCAUCCGGGAUCAGCUACUUCUGAAAAAUCUCCAUCCAAGAAAAAGAAAGGACAAAAGUGAUGUUUUACAGCUGCUUGUCAUCAUCUCACCCACACCUCCAUUGACAUGUUCAGAGUAUUAUCGCAGAACCCGUAUCCGUAAACGAUGUGCUUCAGAGAUAAUUUGUGAAAAAUGAGAUGGUGUGCAUCAGCACCAAACACUGUAUAUGCUACCCUCUUCCCCACUCCACCCCCAUUGCCUUUGUAGAUACUUGCCUGUCGUGCAUUGUUUGCUAAUAUUAAAGUAUGAGUUGUUUGUUGUGA